AUGGCAAGUGUGAAGGAUACCGUCAAGGAGACAUUGGUCGGCAGCUCUGAGGAGCCUCAGAUGUCGCACCAGGCCCGCUUCAACUUCCAUCGUCAUGCCCAGAAGGAUGAGAACGGAGAGCAGUUCAUGACUGAGGAUGACUUCGUCAAUGCUAUUGCCCCCAAGCAUGAGGACUAUCACAAAAUCAAGCGCGAGCAGUAUGGCAUCCUCUUCCGAGUGGCAGACCGACGGAGAACCGGCAAACUGAACCUGACCGACUGGGCGACCUUCGAGAACCUCCUUACAAAACCCGAUGCGGAGUACGAGAUCGCGUUCCGCCUGUUCGACCUCGAUGGCACGGGAACUGUCAAGUUUGAGAACGUAAAGGGCUUGUACAGCUCGACCAAGAGCCCCGACAGCAUCCCCUUCGACUGGAACUCAGAAUGGGCCUCGCUGUACGCCGGCCGCACCAAGACCCGCCACGACAUGACCUACCCACAAUUCUGCCAGAUGCUGCGCGGUUUGCAGGGUGAGCGCAUUCGCCAAGCUUUCCACGUUUUCGACAAGGAUGGCGAUGGUUAUAUCGAGCCUGAGGAUUUCCAGCGCAUCAUUCUGGAGACCUCGAAGCACAAGCUGUCCGACCAUGUGCUUGACAACCUGCCCACCCUGUGCAACAUCGCGACCACCAACAAAAUCUCCUACGCCACCGUCCGUGCUUUCCAGAACAUUAUGCGCGAGAUGGAUAUCAUCGACGUGAUCGUGCGCGAGGCCACCAAGAAGAGCAGCGAUGGCAAGAUCACCCGCUCCGACUUCCUGAACGAGGCCACUCGGGUCACGCGCUUCUCUCUGUUCACCCCCAUGGAGGCUGACAUUCUGUUCCAUUUCGCCGGUCUGGAUGCGCCGUCGGGACGUCUCGCUCAGAAGGAUUUCGCCAAGGUCAUUGACGCUUCGUGGCGUGUCCCCGUUGCCCUUGCGGGCCAGGCUGUGUCUGGUGUUCAGGAGAAGGCCAAGGGUGCCCUCCACAGUGUGUUGGAGUCGGCGCACCACUUCGCUCUGGGCAGUGUUGCUGGUGCUUUCGGUGCCUUCAUGGUGUACCCGAUCGAUCUGGUGAAGACUCGUAUGCAGAACCAGCGAUCUAGCCGCCCGGGUGAGAGACUGUACAACAACUCCGUUGACUGCGCCAAGAAGGUCAUCAGGAACGAGGGUUUCAAAGGCCUGUACUCCGGUGUGAUCCCGCAGCUGAUCGGCGUGGCUCCUGAGAAGGCCAUCAAGCUCACGGUCAACGAUCUUGUCCGUGGCAUCUUCACCGACAAGGACACCGGUAAGAUCAAGUAUGCCCAUGAGCUCCUUGCUGGUGGUGCUGCUGGUGGUUGUCAAGUUGUUUUCACCAACCCUCUGGAGAUUGUCAAGAUUCGUCUCCAGGUCCAGGGUGAGAUUGCUAAAAAUGUGGAGGGUGCUCCUCGCCGCUCUGCUCUCUGGAUUGUGAAGAACCUGGGUCUUGUUGGCUUGUACAAGGGCGCUAGUGCUUGUCUGCUGCGUGAUGUUCCUUUCUCCGCAAUCUACUUCCCCACAUAUGCUCAUCUGAAGAGUGACAUGUUCGGCGAAACCGCCACCAACAAGCUCGGCGUGGUCCAGCUUCUUACUGCCGGUGCUAUCGCCGGUAUGCCCGCUGCCUACCUGACUACCCCCUGCGACGUGAUCAAGACCCGUCUGCAGGUCGAAGCCCGCAAGGGUGAUACCAAGUACACCGGUCUCCGUCACUGUGCUGCAACCGUGUGGAAGGAAGAGGGUCUCAAGGCCUUCUUCAAGGGUGGCCCUGCGCGUAUUUUGCGGUCUUCGCCGCAGUUCGGCUUCACACUGGCCGCUUACGAGGUUCUUCAGAAGGCGCUGCCCAUGCCUGGCACGCAGGCUGAUGAGACCCCCAGCGGUCAUGUCGAGCCUGGCGUUGGUCUGACUCAGGCCAAGGCUCCCCUCCCUUACCUCCGGUCAAGGAACGCUCUCAAGCUCAUCCUUGACCUGGAUCAAAACAUCGGCCGGGUGCAGGUCCCUCGGGCGGAGAACUGGCCCAAAUUCCUCCAGGGAAGCUCCAAGCAGUGAUUUCAUCUUAGUUCCAUAGCGAUUUGAGUCUCAUUUUUUGAUCCUUGCCCAUUUGUCUUUUUCUUUGCUCGGUUUUUAGCAUCGGAUCUCUUUGGGUUUCUCAUUCCUGAUCCCUCUGCCCUGUCAUCUCUUUCCC